ACCACGAGUGUGUUUACUUGCCGUGUGUUAGUGGUCCAUCUAUCUCCACUUUAUGCUCACCAGCCAGGCCUGAAGCACAUAUCCCGCCUUUGAAUGGUCCACUACAGAAUUGAAGACUCGUUUUAUCGGCGUUCAUCUGCUGCCACAUUUUCACGCCAAAAUAUGAACAGGUCAAAUGAUAAUCCUGUUAAAGAUGAUGACCAAGAGACAAGAUGCACGGCAGCUGCCGGUGAGCCAACAACUUUCUACUGAGCAGCAGGAGUGCUGCUCCAGUAUGGACCAGGAGGGUCCAGAACUUUGUCUCAUUAAAGAAGAAGAGGAGGACUCGUCAUAUAUCACUCUUGUCGAUGUGAAAAAUGAAGAUGAGGCGGAGCCGCCAACCAGCAAUUUGGCUCAUAGCGUAAAAACAGAGCCUGAUGGAAACUGUGAAGAAUCAGUUUCAUACAACUAUUUGGACACACCUCACCACCAGUGCUCUCUCUCUCCGGAAUCUGACACUGAUGACAGUGAAGACUGGAGAGAAACCAGCAACGUUCAGAAUCCAGAGGUUCAUGUCGGGGAGAAGAAGGCAGAUACUGAUCGGAAAUCAUUCAUGUGCUCUGGGUGUGGGAAAAAAUGUUCGUCAACAUCUGGACUCACAAAGCAUAGAAAAUCCUGCUGUGGAUCCUUGACUUGUUUGAUUUGUGGAAAGUGUUUUACAAAGAGAAAUACUCUUAAGAGUCAUAUGACUAUUCACAGUGGAGAAAAACCUUUCAGCUGUACUCAGUGUGGUUUAUGCUUUACACAGAAAGCAAACCUGAAAAGACACAUGGAAAUGCACAUAGGUGAAAAACCCUUCAGCUGCUCUCAGUGUGGGAAUUGUUUUACACAAAGGGGGAACCUGAAGAGACACAUGAGAAUUCACACAGGAGAAAAACCUUUCAGCUGCUGUCACUGUAAUACAUCAUACACACUCAGAGAAAGUCUGAAAGAUCACAUGAGAAUACACACAGGUGAAAAACCCUUCAGCUGUUCUCAGUGUGGUAAAUGUUUUACACAAAGAGGCACCCUGAAGAAACACUUAAAAAUCCACACAGUUGCUAUUAGUGUGUAAAUGUUUUCCACUGAUGAAAAACUUCUAUUUGCUCUAGAUGUGGUGAAUGUAUAUGGACUCUAACACCACACAUGAGAAUUCACCUUGGAGCUGUUUUGUGUAGUAGAUGCUUUAAGUUGAGUGAACUACUGUCUUUUGACCUUGGAAAUGAAUAUGUCAUCAUUACAGUUUGAGGGAGAAAAACAUCACUGUACUGGUUCCUACGCUACUAUACUAUAACUAAUGCAAUAUGAAACACCUUCACCUUCACCUUCUUCUGCCGCUUAUCCGGGGUCGGGUCGCAGAGGCAGCAUUCGGAGCAAGGAAGCCCAAACUUCCCGGUCCGCACAAACCUCCUCCAGCUCCUCCCGGGGGAUCCCGAGGCGUUCCCAGGCCAGACCGGAGACAUAAUCUCUCCAGCGAGUCCUGGGUCUUCCCCGGGGUCUCCUCCCGGAAGGACAUGCCCGGAACACCUCCCCAGGGAGGCGUCCAGGGGGCAUCCGGAUCAGAUGCCCGAGCCACCUCAGCUGGUUCCUCUCGAUGUGGAGGAGCAGCGGCUCCACCCCGAGCUCCUCCCGGAUGACCGAACUCCUCACCCUAUCUCUAAGGGUGCCCCCAGCCACCCUGCGGAGGAAACUCAUCUCAGCCGCUUGUAUCCGCGAUCUCAUCCUUUCGGUCACUACCCAAAG